CUUUUCACUUUAUAUUUUUUUACCAUGUUCUUUUCAGCCUUACGAAACGUUGGUAUCCAUGCAUCAUCCAGUAUAAGAGCUACUUUAUCAUCACCAUCAAAUAUCCUUCGUCGUGGUUUAUCAACAUCACUCGAUUCUACAACAGCUUCAUGUGUACAAAAACUACGAGAUCAAUUACGUUACUAUGCAGUUGCUGAAAUCGCAGGACGACCUUUUUUGAUUACACAAAAUGACAAGGUGAUUGUGAACCGACUUAAAGAUGUCAAAGUGGGUGAUGUAUUAAAGUUGGAUCGUGUACGAGAAUUGGGCAGUAAAGACUAUUCACUGGUCGGUCAACCUUAUGUGCAAGAAAAUUUAUACGAUAUUCAAGCUACUGUGAUUGAACAUACCAAGAGCAAGUUGAUUCAAAUUGUCAAGAAGAAAAGAAGAAAGAACUAUAAGCUAUUGGAUAGUCGACAGCUUGGACUCAUCAAGAACAUUGUCUUUCUCUUGGUCUUAUACCAUUAUUGGGGUCGUUUUUAUGCCAAGGUGAUUGUAGGUGGUCCUGUGCGUGCAUUAACUGAUUUUAGAGAUUUUAUUAAAAAGUUUGUAUUUCGACAACUACGUAAAUUACCUUCUGUCCAAGCUAAAAUCGACGCUGAACUCAAUAAGACUAUUCGUGAAAUGGAAGAAUCCAUAUUCUCCAAAGAAGGCGAUAUUACGCAUCAUCAUCGAUUACCUGCACAUGGUAUGUCACAACAAGAAGUACUGGAUAAUCUGAAAAAAUUACAAAACAUCAAAUGUGCUGAUUGGAAGAGUGGAAAAGUAUCUGGUACAAUUUAUCAUGGUGGUGAUGAAUUGACGGAACUCUUAGCAGAAGCUUACCGUAUGUUUGCUGUAGCCAAUCCUUUACAUCCUGAGGUUUUCCCUGGUAUUCGACGUAUGGAAGCUGAAUCCGUAGCAAUGGUAUUAAGUAUGUAUAACGCUCCUGCAACUGGAUGUGGAACAAUGACAAGUGGUGGAACUGAAUCUAUUGUAAUGGCUUGCAAGACCUAUCGUGAUAUGUACAAAGAUUUGAAAGGCAUUCAUGAUCCUGAAAUGGUAGUGCCUGUUACUAUUCAUGCAGCAUUUAUGAAAGCGGCUGAAUAUUUUAAUAUCAAAUUGAUUACUGUACCUGUGGACCCUAUUACUUACAAGGUGGAUGUAAAGAAGAUGGCCAAAGCGAUUACAAGAAAUACAAUCAUGAUUGCUGGCUCUGUGGUAAAUUUCCCUCAUGGUAUUGCAGAUGACAUUGUAGCUUUGGGACAACUAGCCAAAAAAUACAAGAUUGGAUUACAUGUGGAUUGUUGUUUGGGUUCUUUUGUCAUGCCAUUCCUUGAAAAGGCCGGUUUACCCACUACUUCUUUCGAUUUCAGAGUGGAUGGUGUGACAUCCAUCUCGUGUGAUACUCACAAGUAUGGAUUUGCUGCAAAGGGAUCCUCCAUCAUUAUGUAUCGUUAUCCAAGCAUUCGAAAGUAUCAAUAUUUCUUAUCUGCCGAUUGGACUGGAGGUAUCUAUGCUUCACCUAGCGUGGCUGGUUCAAGACCUGGUGCUUUGAUUGCUGGUUGCUGGGCUGCUUUAAUGAAAAUGGGAGAAGAUGGUUAUUUAGAUACUUGUCAACAAAUUAUUCAAGCAAGACGAAAAAUUCAGAAAGGUAUUGAAUCGAUACCACAAUUACAUGUGAAAGGCGAUCCUAUUGGUCCUGUGGUUGCUUUUGGAUCAGUAGAAACAAUGAAUAUAUAUGAUGUUGGAGAUAAACUAUCAGCACGCGGAUGGAAUAUCAGUCCCUUACAAAAUCCAGCGGCAUUACAUAUCUCAGUGACAAUGUUAUGGGUUAACAGUGCAGAUCAAUUUGUUAAGGAUCUCAAGGAAUCUGUAGAAGAAUUGGUGACUAACCCUGAUAGUGGUAAAGGUAGUACGGCGGCCAUUUAUGGUACUGCUGCAAGUAUUCCUGACAAGUCUAUUGUUGAAGAUGUAGCUGCUGGUUUUAUUGAUCUAUUAUACAAAGCUUAAUUGAACUCGUUCCCUACCUUUUAUUAUUAUUAUUAUUAUUAGAUCCUUAUCUAUCUAUCCUACCCUCCUUAGUUGAAUUUUUAUAUAUAUACAUCUAUGAUACAAAUUCAAAAUAAAGUUGUUUUUUUUCUUAUCAUUGAUCUACAUGUGUG